AUGGCCAUCACUUGCCGACUCCGACCGUUGUCCCCUUCCCUACCGCGCCACAGCUCAGCGAUGCCCCCCACAAAAGCCUACAUCCUCGUCUACGAAGGCACCCCGCUCGACUUCUCCGAAUACCGCCACACCGCCCUCCACUUCGCCUUCGCCGGCGCCCCCUCCUCCACCACCAUGCACGUCGUCGGCACCCAGGGCCUCUUCGAAUUCCAGGAAGACGUCGACCAGGACCCCCGCGACGGCGGCGAUCUCGCCCGCAUGAUCCCCGUCGGCGACAUCCCCGGCUCCGUCAGCGCCGCCGCCAUCAAGAAGACCGUCUCCGCGACGCCGGUCCGCAACGGCCGCGCCGAUCUCGAUUGGAAUUGUCAGAAUUGGGUGGGCGAUGCGCUGGCGCAGAUGGUCGAGUCUGGGUUCUUUACGGAGGCUCAGCGCGCGGUCGCGAUUGAUCUCAUGUUAGAUGUGUGUCUGGAGGCGAAGGAUGGUUGA